UUGACUGCGAAUUGCUGUCACUUCUAUUUCAUGUCACUUAUGGCAUUUAAACACAAUUUAAGUCGUGAUGGCGUCACGGCGGGGUCAAGCCAUAAUGCAGCCAAUGGGCGCGGGCAGACCUUGAUAAACUCAAAAAAACAAACAAACAGUAUCAAGCUUUUAUGUGUUCGCUCUGUUAAACAAUUUAUAAAUAGGAAACGGCGAAACGUCUCAGGAUGGCUGAAAGUUUCGCUGUUUGAAUUCAGAAUUUGGGCGAUCGAACAAGAGUGUGGUACCCAUAGCAUCAUCACUUCGGUGUUCGAGAAUGUAAUGUAUACACCAUCACUUAAACUUUAAAUCAAAAUUAAUAUGAUAAUUGCUAUUUUUAGAUCAAAUGAUAUAUGAAGUAGUAAGUCCGAUUGGUUUCUCUGUCUUACGAUAUUCUGGAAUCCCAAACUGCAUUGCGUAAGAUAAAAUAUGGUAAUCCAGAUAAUCGUAACAUUCUAAAUAUAUUAAAUUAGAAAAAACAAUAUUAAGAUAUAAAAAUGAAUAAAAGUGCGGAUAUGGACCUCAUGAGUUAAAGGGAGUGUUAGUUUACAGGAAUUUUCAAUGGAAACCAAAUCCGACUGGCGGGCGGACCUAACAGCGGCAAGAUGCUUAAAGUACAUUGGAGAAGCAAAACAUCUUACAGAUGUCAAGUUCAUCUUUUCAAACGAAAACAACGAAUUCUGCACAGGACACAAGCUGAUUCUCAGCAUGAGAAGCGAUGUUUUUGAAGCCAUGUUUUUCGGUCCUUUGGCUACAGAGGAUGGGGUAUCCACAAUCAGCGAUAUUGAAAAAAACACGUUCGAGAUGGUCUUAAGAUACGUGUACAGUGAUGAGUUUGAGGUAGAUGGAGAAACAGUUUUGAGAUGUCUGUAUGCAGCCAAAAAGUAUUGUAUCGACGGGAUGGUGAAGUUGUGCUCUGAUUUCUUAGAAUCGUCUAUAGCCACUGAUAAUGUGUGUUCAACUUAUGAGCAAGCACAGUUUUACGACCUUAACGGCCUACUUGAGAAAUGCAAAACAUUUAUGACGACAAACGCCGAAGAUAUAUUGAAAGAUGCUGACUUUUUCAAUCUAACGAAUGGAAGCUUAGCAGAGUUGCUUGCUAAUGAAAAUCUCAAACCAAACGAGACAGUGUAUUUUGAUGCCGCGAACCGUUGGUCCGAGAAUGAGUGCUCCAAAAGAAAAUUGGAGAUUUCGGCUGAAAACAAGCAAACACUGCUAGGUCCUGCGCUGAAGAAAAUCAAAUUCGGACUCUUCACUCCUGAAGAAUUUGCAGAGAAUGUUCCUGAAACUGGUCUUUUAAAUAAAGAUGAUCAAUCGGAUAUCUACAGGUGGAUUUUAACAAAAAAAACGUCAUGGAUCGCAAGUAUGUGAACAGUUUAAGUCAUUGCCGCGUCAAUCACAGACAUUGCCGAUAACCUUGAAUACAUCCAAUUGUACCGAGUGAACAACGUUGCAAAAUGAAUCUCGGUUUACGAUACAAUGCAAUGAGCCCAUACGGAUAGUAUCGAUAAUAAUGAAAACAACGAGUUACCAAUUGUCAUCAGUAACGAUGCGCGAAUCUGAAGAAGAAGAACGGCCCAUACCUCUCUCAAACAUUAUCUUUCGAGUUUCGAACACAUACGAUUUCAUUGAACACGUAAAAGUAAAGGCAAACACCACCGUCACAUUCAACUUCAAAUUCCAAAUGAAGAAAAUACAGACACCCUAUGCUGUACAAGCAUCUUCUUUUAAUAGGUUUGAAAAUGUGAAUCACAAACAUUAUCAUCCCGUGGAAUCCGAGCAUGUCUUUGGUGGGCUAGUAGUGAAUUGCACCGAAUUUUCAGAAUAUUUGUCAACGAUAAGAGUAAAGUGUUGUUGACAUUAUUGUCCGUAAAUAUAUAUUUCGGACAAAAUUAUGAUGACUUUUAAUGUUUGUUGUUGUGUUAAUGAAUCUUUAGACAACGUGCUUUCCUAACUAUGGAUACUGAAACUUAUUUUGGCUUCAUGUACAUUUAAAUGAUAUAAUAUACUAAUAGUGAGUCUUAUGAAAUAAAUCGACGUUUUCCUUUGUAAUAAUUCCCUGUGAUACAUAACGCAAAGUGAGAUACGCCUACAGGGUGAAAGCAAACGCAUCUUUUUGUAUUCACAUCAAUAAUUCAUAUAAUUACUUGAACAGACAUCCUUAAAGUGGUAGUCAUAAUGAUUCGAAGUUAAUAUGCACAUAUGUAAAUGUACAGCUUUGUAUUAAGCACAAAUAA